ACCAAAUGUGAUUGCUCGAUUUAUGUCCACUUGAUUUCCUCGAUCGGCUUUACAUCAGGCCACUAACUUCAUCAUUUUUUUGCGUUUAAUCAGUGUAAAUCAACCCUAAACUAACUAUAAUUCCCAUUAUCAAUACCAGAAGUUAAGUGUUAAAGUAUCAGUUACCCAUCAGUGGGCAGAAAUUUCCGAAAUCAUCGAGUUCUGUGUUGUUGGUGUGUGUGUGUAUGCCGUCGCGUUUUGAUACCACCGAUUAUCCUUUGUAUUCCGCGCAAUGACCCGUGGUAAGGGAGAUUUUGAGGACGAGGAGUAUGACGAAGAAGGGGACAAUGAAGAGAUGAACUACAAUGACGGUGAUGACGGGGAUGAUGAUGACUACGGGGACCAUGGCCCCCCCGACGAUGGCGACUUCGAGUUUCGGCGGUUCCCCAUGCGGGGCCGAGGCCGGGGCGGCUUCAGGGCUCGUGGUCGAGGUAUGCACAGAGGACGUGGUGACUUUCGUGGAGGAUUCCGUGGUCGAGGCUUUGGACCAAGAGGACCUGGUUUUCGAGGUGGCCCAGGAGGACCCUUCGGCCCCAGAGGACCAAGAUUUCGAGGUGGACCUCCUAACUGGGAUGGUCCACCGAAUUGGGGACCUCCACCACCAGGAAUGAUGGGUCCUGGAGGACCUGGCAUGUGUCCGCCGCCUAAUCAUAUGAUGAUGAACAACGGGCAAGGACCCAUGGGCAUGGGUCCUCCAUUCGGACCACCUCCUGGAAUGGGACCUCAAGGAGGACCAGGCGGACCGCCACCUGGAAUGAUGGGGCCUGGCGGUCCUCCACCAAUGAACGGACCUGGAAUGAUGGGAGGACCAAUGAAUCGAAUGCCACCGCCGAACAUGGGUAUGCCCCCUCCAAACAUGGGGCAACCUCCAAUGGGCGGAAUGCCGCCAAUGAACAUGCCCCCUCCAGGCGGCGCAAUGUCGAUGGCUCCCAAUGGAAUGAGCGGAAUGAGUGAGCUUGAUUUCAGCGGAGAAAUCUGGGUUGAAACCAAAAGUGGUGAGGGGAAAUCUUACUACUACAAUGCCAGGACCAGGGAAACCACAUGGACAAAACCUGAAGGAGGAGAAGUGAAAAUCAUAUCACAAGAGCAGGUGGAACAAAUGGCUCAAGCUGCCAGAAUGACAGGGCAAACAGGCACAAUCGGAGCCGCUGCUACCACAGAGAGUGGAGAUGCAACAAAACCUGAUGAUCUCAACAACUCCACAACCAACCAAUCAUCUGACUCUGAUUUUUCACAAAUCCAAGGACCUCCUCCGGGGAUGACACCGUUCGGAGCCCCCGCACCAUUCGGGGGUCCACCGCCUUUCGGAAUGCCACCCCCAGGUUUUGGCGGGCCUGGCCCAGGUCCAGGCCAGUAUCCAGGCUGGGGUAUGACACCUCCCACAGCCCAACCUAUCUCUGGACAACCUGUGAUGAACCCUGUCGCAGCGCAGGCGAAUGCUGUUCCUAAUGAAGCACCGGCAGCAGCUGUUGCUGCCCCAUCUAGUCAGAUCGAUCCGGAAAUUUUAGCGAGAGCAGCUGAAUGGACGGAACACAAAGCCCCCGACGGGCGUUUCUAUUAUUUCAAUGCCAAACUUGGCUCAUCUGUCUGGGAGAAACCACAAGCCCUGAAAGAUCUAGAAACUGCCAAGCUUGCCGCUGCGCAGGGCAUCUCAGUCUCCAGCAGCGCUGUCAUAACAGGGUCAGCAAGCUUAAACUCAGGCGUGAAAGUAAAUGAUGUUACAUCCAGUCCUGCGAUUGAGGAAACCAAACCAGCCUUGAUGAACGGGCGGCUGAAAGAUGACCACGACGAUGGUGAUGACCACCGCGAUGACAGCAACAGUGAUAGCGAGAGUCAUAAAAAAGAGUGGGAACACUCUACCAGCACUGGUAACGCAUUCAACAGCUCAGCAACGGCAACAUCAACGGGGGCUGUGGAUGAAGCAAGUGCUAAGAAGAAUGAAGAAGAGGAAAAAGCAAAGGAAGCACAGAAGGCACAGGACCGUUCGAAGCCUGUUUCAAGCACACCAAUUCCUGGAACCCCUUGGUGUGUUGUUUGGACCGGUGAUGGCAGGGUUUUCUUUUAUAACCCAUCAUCUCGAACCUCCGUUUGGGAACGGCCAGAAGAUCUCCAAAAUCGUCCCGAUGUUGACAAAUUGGUCUCAACUCCACCAGAGGUGGUCAGCACAACUGCUGCCACAGAAAACAAAGAAGCUGUGAAAAGAGAACAUGAAGCCGAUUUAGACAGUUCAGCCGCCAAGAAACCAAAAUUGGAGACAGCAGCCGUCAAAGAAGAAGAAACUAAAGUCGAGAAGAAACAAAUAGAUAUUGGUAAGGAGGCAGCAAUGGAGGCAGAAGUUAGGGCUGCAAGGGAAAGAGCCAUCGUUCCACUUGAAAUUCGAAUAAAUUCAUUCAGAGAAAUGUUGACGGAAAAGGAGGUUUCAGCUUUUAGCACAUGGGAAAAAGAACUUCACAAGAUUGUGUUUGACCCCAGAUAUCUACUUUUGACGUCAAAGGAACGCAAACAGGUCUUCGAGAAGUAUGUAAAAGAGCGAGCUGAAGAAGAAAGGAAAGAGAAGCGGAACAAGAUGAAGGAACGUAAGGACCAAUUCCGGAAACUGAUGGAAGAAGCCAACUUACACGGAAAGUCAUCUUUCGCCGAUUUUGCACAGAAGUUCAGCAGAGAUGAGCGGUUCAAAAACCUAGAAAAAAUGCGGGAAAGGGAAGGCCUUUUCAAUGAAUACUUACUAGAAGUACGGAAACGAGAAAAAGAAGAAAAGUCACAGCGGCGCGAUCAGGUGAGAAAAGAUUUCUUUGCCCUGUUGAGAGAGAGCUCAGAGGUUACUCGACACUCACGCUGGAGCGAGGUCAAGAAGAAACUGGACAAUGACUCCCGUUACAGAGCAGUGGAUUCCAGCUCCACACGGGAGGACUGGUUCCGCGAGUACAUCAAAAUCCUGAAGGAUGAACGCAAACGGGAGAAGGAGAAGGACAGAGACAAGGAUAAGAAGGACAGAGACAGGAAAGAAGAUUCGAAAGAAAAGGAUGCAGAAAGUGACGCAACUACUUGAUGAAACCAGCGAAGUCAAGCUGUCGAGUAAUUGGAAAGACGUGAAAAAACUCAUCAAGGAUGAUCCGAGAUAUUCCAAAAUUUCGUGGAGUGAUCGCAAAUUAGAACGAGAAUUUAAGGACUAUGUUAAGGAUAAGUUGGCGGAUGCCAAAACAAAUAUUAAAGAACUUCUCAUGGAAACGAAACACUUAACUUACAAAUCUAGGGAGCUGAUCCGUGAAAACGAAGCCCAUAUGCAAGAGGUCGAAGAGAUCCUGAAGAAAGAUCGCCGCUACUUAGUCUUAGAUCACCUGCCUGAAGAAAGGACUGAAUUAGUUUUAAGUUAUCUUGACGAAUUGGAACAGAGAGGACCGCCUCCUCCACCCACAGCCUCCGAUCCAUCUCGCAGAGGUGGCAUCAAUGUUAAACCGCAACUCUGAUGUCACGCAAUUAGCAAAACUCAGGACGAUGGAUUUUAGCACAUUUGGAGUUGGAGGGUGGACUUGGCUGAAGAAUUUUAUGUUUGACAUGUCUCAGCACACAAGUUUGAUUAAAGUUUAAUGUAAUUUUAAAAUCUCUGAAGCUUAUAAUCCACCGCCACAAUUUUUCAAUACCAGUAAUUGAUUUUUUCUCAUUAUCAUAAUUCACAUUUUUCAUUUAUCACUCGCGUGUAUCAGCCUUCGGUGCUUUCGGCAGUUCUCAUUUUACUCAUGUUUAUUUUUAAUUCCUGUAUGACUUUUUAUGAUAAGCUUCAAUAAAUUGAUCACAAACCUGUAA